UUAUUUCAAAUUCAUAGUUUAAAUUCCCAAUUCAAAUUUAUAAUUUAAAUUCAUUAUCAAUGCUAUGUGCACUAAUUUAAAUCCACUUUUUCGUUCAACCGAUCAAGCCUAACUCAAAAUCCCCCACUUAUUUAGAAUUACUAAUUCCUUGUGCCCAAAAUGCCCCCACCUACCCACUCGUAAUUAUAUUCCAGCUUCAAAAAUAUCAAUGCUAUGUGCACUAAGUACUCAGUUGAUUAAUACAAAAACAUAUGAUGAUGUAUUAUUAUUCAAUUGAGUAUUUAAAAUUGAGUUUGCAUAAUUUUAUUACUUUAAAAAAAAUCAGAAUUUCAACUUUGGUUAGGCUAUUUCAUCUUUGUUAAAUUUUUUCAAUUAGCAGACGAGUUGAGCCAUCCACAGAUUGCUCACGACUUGGUUCAUAUCGAGUUAAGUUCAAUUAUUGUCUAACGGAGCUUGAACUUAUUAUUUUUGGCUUGGUGAGUUUUUCAUCUCAUUUUUCAAUUCAAAUAUAACAUAUUGAAUUUUUAAAAGUUCAAAAUCUUGCCAUUACUAUCCCAAUAUUUUACAUUUAUCCCUUGAACUUCUUUCACUUGGUUAAACUUUUUUAUCAUAGGAUGAAAGUUUAAAUGACCUCUUCAACUCUUAAAAUUCACGUAAACCCAACACCAGACUUUAAAUAUGAAGGAUUACUGAUAAAUAUAUAGACUACGAGGUUUAACUACAAUUUUUUAACCCAAACUUAAACUAGCAAUUUUUAUCUUAAACUCAGUCUUGAUCUUACAACUUUUUAGCUCAUCAAACUUGAGCUCAAGUUUGAGUCUCACAAAAACUCAAUCGAAUCAAGCUUAAACCAAACAAUACUUAACUUUAUCUCAUCUUGACUCAUUCUCUUUGAGAUGCAUGAUGAAUGUAAACUAGUUUGGAUUCAGUCCCACAUUAGGAAUUGUUAAUAUAAGUUGCAGAAAUCUUUGCUUUUGGUUCAAUCUACUUUCUUUGUCACUUUGUGUCUAAGAACAGUUUUUUCAACUCAAGUCUCAUUCAACAAGAAGAAAAGCAAAAGCUAAACAACUAAUCUUCUCAAAGUCUCCAACCAGGCCACACCGACUACACAUUAUUUUCCUUCUUCCUUCCUCCACCUUUUUCUCUUCUUCUCUCUUCCCAUUUCUCAUUUUUUCCUCCAAUCUUCCAUCCCAAAUGGAUCCUCAUCCUCCCACUUUCUUCACCUUUCCAUGGAAUUUUCUCUCCAUUGUCAUCUUCAUCACCUCAGCCCACCAGGCUGUCUCUGUUGCCUCAAAAUUCCAGGCCUGUGAACCCAAAACUUGCGGUGGCAACCUCACUAUAAAGUACCCCUUUUGGGUUUCCGGUGAGCAGGAGUCUUUCUGUGGCUACCCCAACUUUGAAAUCACCUGCAAUGACCAGAAACCUGUGUUCAACAUUUCAUCUGAAAAUUUCUUCAUCAAAGACAUCUUCUAUGAAAAUAGCUCACUUCGUUUAGCCAACUCCAUAGCCUAUGAGGCCUCAUGUCCAACUCCUCUUUACAAUCUUUCUCUUAAUCAAACUCCAUUCAAUUUUGUUUCCUCUGAUGAAGAUCUUUUCUUCUGGUACAACUGCUCCGAGAAUCCACCUGCUGACAUUGCUUAUCCUGUAAGUUGUGCAAGUGAUGAUGAUUCUCACAACUAUUCUUUUGCUGGUUUUCACAAGGAAUUGUUCCAGAAUUAUUCCUGCAAGUCCUUCGUUUACGCCCCCCUGAAUGUUGAAACCGGCGCCAAUCUGUGGUAUAUGAGUUAUACUGACAUUCUGAAGAUGGGGUUCCUCCUGAAUUGGAAUGCACAUAGUUGCAGCAAUUGUGAGGCAAGUGGUGGGCGAUGUGGGUUCGAUAAUGAUAAAUUCGUUUGCUUUUGCCAAGAUAGAACUCAUCAUAAAACAUGCCAUGACGGCAGCUCUCUUAAUUUGGGACGGAAGCUUGGAAUAGGUGUUGGUUUUGCAAUCAUCGGAAUGAUCAUCAUAAGUAUAAUCGUCUGCAUAUGCAGAAGGAAGAAAAUGUCAUCAAUUAUGUCAAACUUCCUGUCCAGGAAUUUGACAGAGAACGCAGAUUUUGAGGCCUUCAUUCGAGAUUAUGAAUCCAUAGCUCCUAAAAGAUACAGCUACUCAGAAGUUAAGAGAAUGACCAACUCAUUCAAAGAUAAACUAGGCCAAGGAGGUUAUGGUGGUGUGUACAAAGGGAAGUCAUUAGAUGGAAAUAUUGUAGCAGUGAAGCUCCUAAAUGCCUCCAAAGGGAAUGGUCAAGAAUUCAUCAAUGAAGUUGCAAGCAUUAGUAGAACAUCUCAUGUUAAUGUUGUUAGACUACUUGGUUUUUGUUUAGAGGGCAACAAGAGAGCUCUAAUCUAUGAAUUCAUGGUGAAUGGUUCCUUGGAAAAAUUCAUAUACAAUGAGAAAAAUUUGCAGGCUAGUCAAUGUUUAGGAUGGGAAAAAAUGUAUGAAAUCGCUAUUGGAAUAGCUCGAGGAUUAGAGUACUUGCAUCGCGCGUGCAGCACAAGAAUUUUGUAUUUUGACAUAAAACCUCACAACAUUCUUCUUGAUGAAAAUCUAUGUCCAAAGAUCUCUGAUUUUGGCCUUGCAAAAUUAUGCCUCAACAAGGAGAGCACUGUGUCGAUGCUAGUGGCUAGGGGGACAAUUGGGUAUAUUGCUCCAGAAGUAUUUAAUAGAAACUUCGGAGAAGUUUCGCAUAAGUCUGAUGUUUACAGUUAUGGAACGAUGAUCCUGGAGAUGGUUGGAGGAAGAAAAAGCCAAGAUGUUGAAGGUAAUCUUCAUUCUAGUGAAAUGUAUUUUCCACAUUGGAUUUACAAGCAUGUUGAGCAAGGCAAAGAGUUAAAAUGGCAUGGAGUUAAUAGCAGUGAAGAAAAUGAAAUUGCAAAGAAGAUGAUUAUUAUUGGUUUAUGGUGCAUACAGACACGACCAUCGGAUAGGCCAUCCAUGAAUAAGGCAUUAGACUUGUUACAAGCAAGUUCUGAAGACUUGCUAAUUCCACCUGAGACUUUUUUAUUUUCAUCUUCUUCUAGGUCGCCAAUAUAUUCUUCAACUGUAUCUAUGUCAUGAAUUAAUCCUUGGAAAAUGUAAUCAUAUCUUAUCUCCUCUCAAAGUAAUGAUUACAUUUUUGCAUCUUCUUAUAUAUUCUU